AUGCGUCACGGCAAGGCGUUCCGGCGCUUGGGACGCGGCUCAGCCCACCGCCGAGCCCUGCUGCGCAACCUUACCGAUUCACUGAUUCGCCAUGAGCGCAUCAAAACUACCUUGGCCAAGGCCAAGGAGCUGCGCCGCCCCGCCGAGCAGCUCAUCACUCUUGCCAAGAAGAAUACACCACACGCAGAUCGCAGCAUUCAGAGCUUCCUCUUCGACCAAAGCCUCAAGACCAAACUGAAAGAUGAGCUGGCCAAGCGCUUUGCUGAUCGUCCUGGCGGAUACACCCGUAUCAUGAAGGCCGGCUUUCGCAAACCAGAUAGCGCGCAGGUGGCCUACAUUGAAUACGUCGAUAACUCGCUUCCCAAGCUCAAACUUACCGCAGAAGACCUUGGUGUGUCCUGUCUGCUCCGACCCCAGAUUCGUCGCCCCCCAUAUGUCGAGUUUAUCAUUCUUCUCACUUUGCUGGUGCCGUUCUCCUUCCCUACCGCUUAG